CAAAGAAAAUGAAAAAAAAAAAAAAGAAGAUUUCUCUCAUUCUUUCUCGACCCUUAUCACACAAGGAAAUCUAAGAUUGGAGGAGGAUUCAGCCACCAAAAAAGAAGGAGAAAUGCCUGAAGAUCUUGUACAACCAGUUAGCCUUUCCCAAGCCCCUUUGAUUUUGAUCUCAUCAUCAUCUUUUUCAAUCUUCACACUCAUCACCAUCACCCUCACCAAUCACCAAGCAAACCAAAAAGAAGAAGAAGAAGAAGGAUCUUUCUCCUCCUCUCUUGGCCCUUCUCCUCUCUAAAAAAAAAAAAAAAACCUAGUCGCAAGCCCUCUUGGACUCUAAUCUUCACCAUUCUUUUGUGGAUCUCAUCAUCAUCGUAGUCUUCACCACCACCAUUGGUUAUCAUCAAAGCAAAGCAGUUUGGUGGCCAUUAGAAACAGGGGAGGAUCUUCUUUCUUUUCCAACCAAGAAAAAAUAAUAAAAGGAAGAUUGCUCCUUCCUCUCAUUUUCUCUUCUUCCUAUUUUAACCACCACUCCAUCUCUUAUUAACAUACCAUUCCUCCAAUCUCCUACUCAUCAUCGUCACCAUCAUCAUUACCAUCAUCAGGACAGAGACAAGAAAGGGAGGAAUGUUUGAGAUCUGGUUUGAAUGGAAGAAGAAGAUCAAUUUUGUUAGUUGGAGGCAGAAAAAUAAAGAGGAAAAGGGAGCUUGGGUAGCAUAUCUUUGGGGUGUUCUUGCUUUAGGUAAUCUUCUGAAAUAAAGGGUUUUUGGGAAAGGUAAUGAAGGAAGUGAUGAGAGCCUGGUCUUGGGGGUAGGAUCUCUCCCAUCAAAUCUAGAUCUAUUUUCUUCUAAAAAUUCUGCCAUGUUUGCUUCUGUCAUUUUUUGUUGACUUUCCUUGUGUUUUUUUAUUUUAGAUUUGAUGUUAAGUUUGUAUAUGUUUGCUAGAAAACGAAUGAGAAUCAAAGAUUGUUCUGUUU